AUGGCCCUGAUCUGGCGCCUGUGUUACCAGGUGUCUGCUCCCCGGGGGCCCAGGCUCAUCGGCUGGCUGGCCUCGAUCAGGCGGGCUCAGAGGGCAUCCCUGGGAGGCCACGACGCCCUGCCUGCUGCACCCCCUCCCGCUCAGCCCUUUCCCCAGAGGCUUGGCGGGGAGGUCGACAGCCAGCAUCCCCGGGGAGCAGGGUGGGCGCCCCGCAAGGGAGUGGCACGGGGGGCGGGCAGUGUUAGGGGUGGGGUAGGGCGGGCAGAGGGUCCGCCCACCGGAGGCCUCUCCACACCUCGGCUCUCGAGCCUGGGCUUCGGGCCCCAGGUGCGGGGCGGUCCUGCCUGCGGGCGCUCGCGGGCGCCCCCUGCGGCGCCCCGCGGAGGCCGUGUUUGCUGCGGAGGCCGUGGCCCCGUUGGGGUGGCUUCGCGAUGCGGCUGCGGGCGGCCCCUCCUGCACAGCCGGGACGCGGCCCCUCUUCCGGUGGCCCGUACACGUCCGCACCUCCGCCGCGCUGACCGCCCCCCUGCCCCCGGGAAGCCGGGAGAGAGGCGCCAGCUGGCGACGGGGCCCGCACCCCAGGAGCGCCCUGAGGCCCCGACAGUGGAUUCACCGGCUCCCGGGAGCAGGACAAGGAUGUCGUCGGGGGGCUGCCAUUCUGCCCACCGCGGUCCCUAUGAACUAUAUUGUGACAGGAAGCCAGAGAGUAACCGUGGUCCUGAGACAGGACAGGGAAGGCCUGCUGCUUGGACGCUCUGCAGGCACGGACAGGAGGAGAAAGCCAUGGCCAGUCAGCCGUUACACGCCACAGUGCCAGAGGCUGUGUGGAUCUGCUGCAGUGGAGACGCCACUUCCAGCCUGGCAGCCCUGAUUGCUUCUGCUGCCUGUGUAAGUUUCCUGUCAUCCACCAUCUUCCACGGUUAUUUGUUUCUCGCAAAGGCCAGACAGUGCUAAAUAACAUUCCAUUGUCUGGAUGGACUACAGUUUAUUUAUCCACUCACCUACUGAAGGACAUCUUGGUCGCUUCCAAGUUUUGGCAAUUAUGAAUAAAGCUGCUAUAAACAUCCGUGUGUUGGAUUUGAUGUGAACAUAAAAUUUCAGCUCUUUUCGGUAAAUACCAAGGAGCACAACUGCCGAAUCAUUAGAGUAUAUUCAGUUUUAUAAGAAACUGCCUGUCUUCCAAAGUGGCUGCACCACCCUGCGUUCCCGCCAGCAAUGAAUGCGAGUUCCUGCGGCUCCACACCCUCUCCUGCAUCUGGCGUCCUAAGUGUCUGGAAUAGGUGUGGAGUGGUACCUCGCUGCUGAUUUAAUUUGCAUUUCCCUGAUGACAGAUGAUAUGGAGCAGCUUUCAUAUGCUUAUGUGCCAUCGGUGUAUGUUCUCUGGUGAGGUGUCUGUUCAGGUGUUUGGCCCAUUUUAAAAUCAGGUUGUUUUCUUCCU